AUGGACAUCCAAUAUGCAUUGAGAAUAAAUUAUGAUGGACUUGAUGACGAAGAGAAAGAAAUAUUUCUUGAUAUUGCAUGUUUCUUCAAAGGGAAGGAUAAAGACCGUUUAACAACUAUAUUAGAUGGUUGUGGCUUUUCCACAGAAAUUGGAAUAAGUGUUCUCAUCGACAAGUGUCUCAUAACUAUUGUGAGCAAUUUGUUACUAAUGCAUGAUCUCAUACAAGAGAUGGGUUGGGAUAUUGUUCACCAAGAAUCCAGAAAAGAGCCUGGCAAACGCAGCAGUUUGUGGGAUCCUCAGGAUAUAUUUAACUUAUUCAAGAAAAAUACAGGGACUCAAUCGGUUGAAAGCAUAUUCCUUGACUUGUCAAAAGUAAGUGAGCUACACUUAAGUUCCGAUGCCUUCACGAGGAUGCAUAAACUUAGGCUUCUUAAAUUAUAUCGCUCCCACUAUGGCAAAGGCGAAAUAGAAGAUGAUAAGGUGCAUCUUUGUCAAGGCCUUGAAUUUCUUUCUGAUGAGCUGAGAUACCUCCAUUGGCAUAGAUACCCUUUAAGAUCCUUGCCAUGUAAGUUUAACCGGGAGAACCUUGUUGAGCUUGACAUGCAUCACAACAAUGUUGAAUAUCUUUGGAAGGAAAAACAGCAUCUUAUAAAUUUAAGACGGAUUGAUCUCAGUUACUCUCAGCACUUAACGGAGAUCCCUGACCUCACAUUGGCUCCGAACCUUGAGGUUAUUACUCUAGAUGGUUGUUCGCAUCUCACAAGUUUCUUGGGAUUUCGUGGAACAUAAAGAAGCUGGAU